AUGGAUUCUAUCACAAGCUCGAUAAUCGCCAUCGCCCUUAUUCUGGCAUUUUCAGUAAUCAGUAUGUAGUUUGCCGGUGGGAACUUACUAUACUAAUUGACCAAGAAUAACCCACUAAGGAGCCAUUCUUGGUCUGCCAGAAAAAAUUUUGAUAAAAAGAUCCUAAUCUGCCAUUGCCACUGAGUUUUGGUGUUUCCAAAAUUUUUUGGGCAAGCCAAAUGCAAUAAAAAAAUUGUUCUUUUGCGAUGAUGCAUUUGGCUUGUCAAAAAAAUUUGGAAACACCAAAACUCAGUGGUAAUGGCAGAUUAGGAUCUUUUUGGCCAUUACCACUGAGUUUUGAUGUUGCCAAAUUUUUUUGACAAGCCAAAUGCAUCAUCGCAAAAGAACAAUUUUUUUUAUUGCAUUUGGCUUGCCCAAAAAAUUUGGAAACACCAAAACUCAGUGUAAUGGCAGAUUAGGAUCUUUUUGUCAAAAUUUUUUCUGGCAGACCAAGAAUGGCUCCAUAGUGGGCUAUUCUUGGUCAAUUAGUAUAUCUUAUUUAAAUCAGGGAUUCAGUGUAAAAUCCUUUCGUUUCAAAGGAUUUAUUUCAAAAAUCCCAAUUCCUCCUUUGGUGAUUUUAAAGUAGCUUGGAAUGAUAUUAGGUGGAAUAAUAGCAGGCAACUUGCUUCACAGAGAAAUAUCUCUCCUUGAUCCUGCUUGGGCAUUGCAAAUCAGAAAUAUUUCGAUUGCUGUGAUCUUAUUGAAAGCAGGCUUAGGGCUAGAUGUCCAAAAGUUAAAAGCUUCAAGUGGAGGCAUUCUUCGUCUUUCCAUAGUCCCGCAAGCUUUCGAAGCCUUAAUAAUUGCUCUAUUAUAGCCCUUACAAUAAUUAUUUAUUUUUUUUUAGCAGGAAAAUUGCUUUAGCCUAUAAAAAACUAGACUAUUGAUUGCUAAAAAAUGCAGAUAUUAAUGAGAGUGGUAUAUCAUUUCUCAUUUUUGACUUAUCUUGGUCUUUUGGCUUUGCUAUGGGCUUUAUGAUCGCUGCUGUAUCUCCAGCUGUGCUUAUUCCUUGCCUAAGCGAAUUAAUUCGUGAUGGGUAUGGGCUGGGAUCUGGAAUCCCAAGCAUUCUGAUGGCUGCAAACAGUCUGGACAAUGUCAUUGCCAUUGCUUGUAAUUCCUAAUUAGUAUUUGGAGUGCUAAUAAAUAUUGGGCUCGGAGGCUCAGGAGAUUCUCUUAUUUUUGGAAGUAACAAUACAGCAUAUUAUGCGUCAAUUGGGCCUUUGAUUGCUGUUGGCGGCAUAAUUGCGGGGAUUAUUUUGGGGAUAUUUUUUUUUCUUUUAACGAAAUUAAAUGACUGGGUAAAAGGAAUUAUCAUUGCACUGGUAUCAUAUGGACUUGUAUAUGCUGCGUCUUACUUAAAUAUUUCUGGUUUAGGGUACCUCGGAGUCGUAAUAAGCUCAACUUUUGCCGCAGUAAAAUGGGGAAAAGACUCAACUGCAAAAGUAGCUCGAGUUAUAACACUGAUAUGGAAAGUAUUCCAAUAUGCAUUAUUUGGACUGGUAGGAACUACCUUUUACUUCCCUCAAUUAUCAGGUGACACUGUCGGUGAAUGUUGUGCAAUAAUAAUUAUAGGCUCGUUUGUAAGAAUUGUUACUGCUUACUAUUCAGUUAGCUGGAGCAAGCUCGCAAAUAAAGAAAAAGCAUUUGUAGGGAUCGCGUGGCUGCCUAAGGCGACAAUUCAAGCGGCAUUAGGAGGAGUUUUAUUAGCAAAGGCUGAAAGUGAUGAUAAAUAUGAUAAAUAUAAAGAGGAUGGACUUAUUAUACUGACUGGAUCUGUGUUCAGUAUUCUUCUGACAGCCCCUAUAGGGAGUAUUUUGCUGACUCUGUUUGGACCAAAGCUGCUUCAAAAGUCUGUAAAUGAGUCCAAAACUAAUAAAGAAGCUUUUUCCCCUUUGCAAGGCUCUAAAGCAAUUCAAAAAAUUGCUCCAAAACCCAAAGGAAGAAGGUUGAGUGAUGAUCUUAGCGAAGAUCUCGAGUAUGCCAGGUAUUAUAUGAGCUCAGAAGAUAUGGUAAGAUCGGAUAUUGAGUCAAUGAGAAGGAAUAGUUUGUAG